UCCUCUAGCUUCCCCUCCUUGCACCGCCUCUGCUGCCUCAUUUCCUGCAGCUCAGGCAGAGGAGGAAGGUUUGCCGCAAGCCUGUCACUGCUGCCCUCCCGCCCGGCCCUGCCAAAUUGCAUCCUGCCCUUCGAGAUGCCGGCUUACCAUUCAACUUUAAUGGACUCUGAUACCAAGUUAAUUGGGAACAUGGCACUGUUACCCAUCAGAAGCCAGUUCAAAGGCCCAGCACCUCGGGAAACUAAGGACACAGAUAUUAUAGAUGAAGCCAUCUACUACUUCAAAGCUAAUGUUUUCUUCAAAAAUUAUGAAAUUAAGAAUGAGGCUGACAGAACAUUGAUCUACAUAACUCUGUACAUUUCUGAGUGCUUGAAAAAGCUGCAAAAGUGUAACUCCAAAGGCCAAGGAGAGAAAGAAAUGUACACAUUAGGAAUCACUAACUUCCCAAUCCCUGGGGAGCCUGGCUUUCCACUUAAUGCCAUCUAUGCCAAACCUGCCAACAAGCAGGAGGAAGAGGUGAUGAGGGCCUAUUUGCAGCAGCUGAGACAAGAAACUGGUCUUCGGCUUUGUGAAAAAGUAUUUGAUCCUCAAAGUGACAAGCCUAGUAAGUGGUGGAUCUGCUUUGUGAAGAGACAGUUCAUGAACAAGAGUCUGUCAGGUCCGGGGCAGUGAAGAAGCAAAGCAGCAACAACGUUAGGCAUUUCCACAAGGUGUAUAAAGUAUUUUGCCUUUAUUUCAGAUACAUUUUGUACCAUGGAAAAAUUGAGUGCUUAUGAAGAAAAAAUAUCAGUGAGGAAAGAGGGAGGUGGAACAAAAAGAUCAUUUGAGUACUGUAAACAAGUAUUAUUAAGCUGGUGCUUAAUAAAUGAUUCCUAAUAUGCUGUUUCA